CCUGGCCGCUCUCAUCUUUCUCUCUGGUUGGAGCUGUUUACUUUACGAACGUUUUCGUUUAAAAAUAUGUUGUUACUUUUAUUUAAUAAAAAUUGACAGAAGUACACUUAUUAAAACGAUCUAUAAAUUGUGCAUAAAUAUUGUGCAUGUAAAUGUGACAACGUGUUAUGAAUCAUUGAUCUCAUCAUUCAGUUUUUUCUCCAACGCACUAUAUUUGUUAUUGGAAUUUUUCUCCCUUUGACAAUUUUCUCCGUGUGCCCUUUUUAUUGAAGAUCAUCAAGAUUAUCGUGGAGGACUACAAAAUGCAUUAAAAUAAUAUUCAUGAAAGAGCACAACAGUUACAAAACAGAACAUAAUUGAUCAUUUAAGUGGCAUACUCGUGUGAAUGAGAAUAUAACAAAAUGACAUCUAAUUGCAACUUUGUGAGUGAUUCACAAAACUUUACCUUACGACUCUCUGGAGAUUCUAUUGAAGAUACAUGUGAUUUUGUUGCAAACAGUAAGACAAAAGAUAAGGAUGAUAUUAUUGAGAUUAGCAAUUCUAGUUGUAACUCAUCACCUGAAGAGUCAAAAUGGAAAUUUAAUUCUAAUAUUAAAGAGAAGAAUGGAAAGUAUCAGAAGACUUUUUCCUCGGAGAGUGAAGAAGAAAAGUUUGAUUCGCCAUGCAAACCAGUUGUCAGAUCUGACAAUAAAUCAAUGCAAAUUAAUAAAGUAUCUUUUGAUAAAAUGACUAGCAAUAGCAGUAUAAAUAAUGACAGAAACACUAAAGAUCAGUUAAAUAGAAGUAAUAAUAAGUUCUUCAAAAGUAGACGUCCUAUACUUGCCUACUGGCAUGCAGGGAAUAAAAUGAUAAAUUCAAAAAUGAGAGGAAACUGUAAUGUUAAAAAGACAAACAAAGUAAAUAUAUCAGAUUCUGCUAUGUCUAGUGAUAGUUCCAAUAUUACUAGCAGAUUAAAUAAAUUUCCAACUUAUAAUACUCCACAACAAGACAAGACUGGAAAAAUAAAACUUACAAAGCAAGAUACUUACAAAAUAUUAAGAAAUAUUAAGUCCACACAAAUUGUGUAUAAUGCUCCUAAAGAGAAAAAGAGCAAUGUAAUAAUUGAUGAGAGUACAGAUGAAGAUGUAAUGCAUCCAGCUAUAUCACCUAGUUAUAAUAAAAAAAUAAAUCAGAAUCCCAAUGAUAGUCCUGAUGUUAUUGAUACAAGUCUUAAGAAGAAUGUUAAUUCAAAUGGAUGCAUGCAAAUAGAUUUGUCAAAACCAUACAAAACAUGCAGCGAACUUCUUGAUAUAUUAAAGAAGGAGGACCUUCAAAAAUCUUUAUCUGAAAAGAAGAAAAAGCAAAUUGUAGAAUGGCUUAUCACAAAUUCACCUAAUUCUGUAAGUGAUAGUUCUUGUAGUAAUAUACCUCCAAGUAUUAGAAAUAGCAUAGAUUCUGGAAACAGCAGUCUAGAAAGAUUAGAACUGAACUAUGAAACUCCAAAUAAUAGAGAAAGGAUCAACAAAGUGCAGACUGAUAAGAAGCAAACUACAACUGUUAAUUCUGACAAAGUGAUUCAUUCACUUUUGACGCGUCAAACUACACUAGAUAAAUAUUUGACAAAAUCAAACAAUAAUAUUUCUAAAUUUUGUACACCAGACAGACCAAAAUCUGAUGUGAAAAUGCAUCUUGACAAAAAAGUUUCCUCUUCAAUAAAUACACCUGAAAACAGAGAUGUAAUGAACUAUGCAGAUAUUUUAGAUAAACUCUAUGGUAAUUCGUGGAGAAAUAAAGCUAAUGUUUUACUGCCAACAACUGAACCACGAAAGACAUCUAAUCAAGCAACAAGUAGGAUCAUCCAAACAGAAAGGAAAGCAAAAAAUAAAUAUGUAAUAGAUUCGGAUUCAGAUAAGUCUGACUUAGAAAAUAAUGUUAAGUUAAAUCGACGAAGAAAUGUUCAACGAACACAAAGAAAACAAGACAGUUUUAUUGACGAUGAAUCGCUAUCAAGUGAUAGUGAGAGUAUGUAUCACACCGCAUUAACAAAUCCUAGAACUUCAACAAAUAAUGCUACAUCUAAAUCCAUGACAGUGCCAACUUCAGUUAAAAGACUGCAAGCGAUAUGUGAUACCGAUACUGAAGAUGAAAAUGAUGAAUCUAAUAAUUCUGAGAAACAUCUAAACAGAAGGAAAUUAUUAUUUAGCGACGAAGAAAGUUCUAACACAAGUGAAUUUGAUCCUGGAGAUUAUGUACCACCAAAAAAUAUAUAUAAAAAAGAAGCUACUAGAAUCAAACAACAACAAUCCAGAUUUACAUCAAUUACAACAGAGAAAUCUGUAGGAUACAAAAGCUUUUUGGCAUCUUUGUCAAAUAUGAUUCCAAUGAGUAACAUUCAUCCAGAUGCAAAGAAAUAUAGAAUGGAUUAUAAAAAUAAUAAGGAAGAAUUAUGUAAAGAAUUGUAUAAAUUGUACAAUGAGAAAGUAUUUGAUAACCAAUUGCCUCAAGAUAUGCCAAUUGAAUGGAAUAUUCGUAUGAGAGGAACUGCUGGAUUUUGUUACAAUAAGAAAUCUGUAAGAACUCUUAGUGGUGUUGUUAGAUCUUCAAGAAUUGUAUUAGCAACAAAGAUUUUGGAUACACCAGACAGAUUGAGAGAUACCUUGAUUCACGAGAUGUGUCAUGCUGCAGCUUGGCUAAUAAAUAAUGUCUCGGAUGGUCAUGGACCUUUUUGGACAAAAUGGGCUCAUAAAGCAAUGAAUACAUUUUCUGAAUUACCGCCAAUUCGUAGAUGUCAUGAUUACGAAAUUAAAACCAAGUAUACAUAUCGAUGCACAGGUUGUGGAUACAGCAUUGGAAGACACUCAAAAUCCUUGAAUAUUGAAAUCAAACGAUGUGGCCAUUGUUUUGGAAAAUUUGAAUUAUUAAUUAAUAAAACGACUAAGUCUGGUGUUAAGCAAGUGCAAACCCCAAAGAGAGAACCUUCUGGUUUUGCACUUUAUGUGAAGCAGAAUUACAAUUCGGUGAAAAAGGAGAAGAAUAAUAUGAAACAUGCUGAUGUGAUGAAGCUUUUAGGUCAGCAAUUUUCAGCAAUUAAGAUAGCAAAAAAAGAUAAUCUAGCUAGUGAUUAAGAAUGACCCAGGGAUACCUGGUUAAAAAAUAUAUAAUCAAAUAUUUUAUGAUCAAUUUCAGAAAUUGGAGAUAAUUGUCAUUUUAGUAGCAUAUAAGUAGAAUUAACAGUAACACACUUUUUAGCAGAUUUUAGAAAGUUGUCAACUGUAUAUAUUUAGAUAUCUGUAAUUCCGUAUGAUUUGAAGUUACAGAGAUCAUAGAUGUAUGCAAUUACAAUAUGUACAUAUAUGAAAUUUGAAUACUGAUAUUUUCUCUUACUAUAUUGCAGGCACUGAGAGUAUAUGAAAUAUUUUAUACAUUAGCAUAAAUAAUAUUUAGGGACGCAUACAAGUACUUUUGUACGUAAUAAUAUAUUAAAUAUAGCUAAGACUUGUAGCAGUAUUUAUAUAAUAA